CAACGGUCCGCAAUCAAUCUCAGACACUUCCACACAAGCUGCACACUGUAUCGAACAGCAGGCGCGGUGACUUCAAAACUCAGUUUGCCUUCCAGGAUAUACGACCAACUGCCUGUCGAUUCUCCAUCGCCAUCACCACUCCUCCAAAAAUACGGAAGACGUUUACGGCAAGUUUUCCAGAAAUUUCUAUUGCCGAUUUUUUUGCAGCUGAACGGACCUGAACGUUCACUUUCUUGUUUAUAUUCUCGCAAAGCAUCCUAGUUGUGUCGCUCCUGCAGCAGUAAUGGCUCCCACGUGCGAGACGUGCGGCAAGAGUGACAGCGCAUCAGCUGCAGCUGCAGCUGCCGCAAUACACCAGUCGUACUGCGACGUGCCUCCUUUCCACGGCAUGUUCGACUGUGACGACGACGACGGCGAAGACUUGAUGUAUCAGGUCGGCAGCAACAUCAGUCGCUACCCCACCAAUACCAACACCACCCCUCGCAACAUCAUCCCCGAAGCGUCGGAGACGUUUUUGCGCGUCAUGCAGCAGCUGGACUCCGCGAAGGACGACCUUGACCCUGAAACCAUCCCACCCAGCAGCAGCAGCAACAGCAGCAAAAACAAGAACAACAGUAGCAAUGGUUGCACCAAGCCAAAAGAACUAAAGUCAGCAGCCAGCGCCCUCUGCGAGAAAUCACGAGAACAAAGGUCAGUAAAGGUUGUGAAGAAGUCAGCUUCGUUUUCUUCUCACCACUCGUCGCUGUCGUCCUCCUCUUCUUCCUCCUCGUCGUCGUCGUCAAAGGCAGCGUUCUGCGCCCAAACCGGCGACCGCAGCAGCAACACAGACGCCGCAUCCAGACGCAUGUCCAUGCCGUGCACACGCAGGGAAAAGCACGUGCAGUGGGCGGACCAGGUGGGCGCCGGAGCGCAGCUGGUGUCCGUUCGCCUCAUCCGACCCCGGGUGGAAGCGAAGGAGGAUGACAAAGCCGCGUCAUCGUCCUCCCCUGCCAGGUCCAUCUUGCGGAGGCUGGGCGUCACCAAGAACGACAAACCCGUGACUGAAGAGCGAUCACUCUUUCGACGUCUUGGUGUCGGCAGACGUUGAACAGAAAUCUUGGGUGUCCUCCACUUUGCAAGCGACUGACACUUGUCGCAGAUUCGUUUUAGAUCAGCUACCCGAGACAGCAGACGGCAACUCAGAACAGAAAGCACCUGACCGCUGUUCCCCACCAGGGUUUCGAACCCUUGCAGCUGCGCCUUGUCUAAUGAAGCGGAGAAUGGACUUGCGGUGAUGAACUGUGCUCUUGGCCCAGAGUCUUUCCGACAGCUGCGUACACCCGAUGACGGGUAACAACAUCCAUUUACUGAUGUUAACAUGCUACCCGUUUAAAAACCAGAACGGUUUUUUUUCUAACACAGUGUACACAACGCAUGUUCAUAAUUAAUAUUGAGAAUUGUAUCAGUCGGAACUGUAAGCUGUUGGUUUGUAACCCACUGUUCUAUUCGUGGUCUUCAGGGUAUGUGUGAACCCGAUUAACUUAUUGUUUGUGUCAGCAUGCCUAUUGUUUUGGAGAUAAAAGGUCUGGUUUCUCAUUUAUGUAUUCGAAUGAAUGAAAAAGUUCAGUCAUUAAGAAGUUAACGCUAGUUAUUUAUACUAACGGCAGAUGAACAGUGAAAACUAUUUGUUAUUUAUAAAGCCGGCAGAAUGGAAUGGGCACGGACAUUGUUAUUCCAAUGUGCCACAAUCUGACAAGCGACCUUAACUACCUGAUGUCGUGAAGUGCACAUUGGGUGGGCGAGAGAAAAAAAAAAGUAUUUCCAUUGAACUGUCCAUUCAUACAUUUAAAAAAAAAGUGUUUAUGUACAAGAUACACAAAAUAUAGUUAUUAUAAUGUUAGUCGAUAUUAGAUAUUCACAAUAUGCGUGUGAUAUAUAAAUACACACACGAUAUAUGUGUAAUCAGUAGACACCUAUAUUUUCAAUUUUUGAGGUGUCUGCGUUGUUCGUCCAUCAUGCGUGCCAGCUGGACGUUUUCAUUCACUUGUUUUGAACUUUCGAUAAGAAAAUUUUUCGUCAAACAAGUGGAAGAGCACGCGUCUAUAAGUUUUUUAAAACACCAGUUUGAUUGGUGGAAAUAAUGUGUUCGUAGAAAGUUUUCGAUCAAUUUAAAUAACUAUAUAUAUUUACUAAACGCCAAAAUAUUGCACUUUUUCCGCAACCCGUAUCAGCCGCGACUCACCAGGCUGAACAGGGAUCGGCGGGGUGGUUAGAUGCACAGCUACGUUAAAAUUGUGAUUUUUUCUUGUCAUUUGUUCUGAUAUUUGCCGUCUAGGCUGUGGCUUUUCAUUUUAUACUGCAUGACCUGCUUUGAAUGUCACACCAGUCAACAUUUUGAAAUCGUAAGAACAUCUGACUUAAUUUUUUUCUCCUGGACAGUGGUGCAGUUUGUUUGAAAAACGCGAUGGGUCGGUAGCAUUACAGUGUAGAACCAGACUGUUUCCUGCAACUCAGAAAUGACUUGCGUAUAUAUGGAAACAAGACGGCUCUCUAGAAAAUAAAAAUGCAGAUUGACAAUACUUUUUUUAAAUCAACCAUUAAAAAUGGCAGUUCACUGAACCAAGAAAAAUAUCUACUAGUUUUUUUUUUGUAUUAGCUGGUCAUGCACCAUGCUUUUGUGUAAAGCAAACUGUGGUGAGCACCCCUCUCCCAUUUUACAAGCAAUUUUUUUCUAUGUGGUCACAUUUCUACUUAUAUUAUUAUUCUCAGCAACCACCAGUUUUCGUUGCUAUUGAGAAAUAUUUUACUUGGAAAAAGUCUUCUAAAUCUAAAUCUUAAAAUGAUGGAUUUACUUCCAUGUUCCUUGCAAAAUGUUCAUGAUUAUUUCAUUCCAAAAGUGUUCUUCAAAGUCUGAUGUGAAGUCUUUUACCUGUGUGAAUGCUGAAGCUUACAAUCAAGUUACUGUGGGUUUAACUGUAAAGUACAGCCUAAAAAUGUGAUGCUUUUCAUGUCAUGUUUGUCUGACAUGGUGCUGUAUCUUCAAUUAAGGCAAGCUGCAAUAAAGUGCUAAUUGAAUUUUU